UGUAGCCAGCAACAAGGUAGUGAGUGUACAUCACACCCGGGCUGACGCGUGAUUACCAAGGGGAAAAAAUUAAAAGGGGCGAUAAACGCACGAAACAUUCAAGGCAAUGCCCCUUUUGUUGUCAGCGAGCGUUUUAUAAGUGUUUGGUUAGUUUGAAUCUACCUACAUUUUUGGAGGAUGAUCCCACAAUGAAGAACAGCCAAAUUGGGCGUUUUAGCUAGCUAAGUGUCAUAUAUGGCUAGCUAGCCUGCCUAGCUAUAUAUUUUAGCCAGCUAUCUAACGUUAGCCAUACAUGUUAGCUAGGUGGUCACGGCUAGCAAAUACAACACAAGCUAGCUACAGUACAGUAGCUUGCUAUCCUAGCUAGAUAAAGCGAGUAUUACUAUUUUUUUUUUUUUAUCUUCGUCGUGUUUUGCCGUUUGACAGCUAGUUAACUAGUUGAUGGACAGUUUCACAGAGGCUCUUUGUCACUACUUCGACAUUUUAUGGUCUUGGUUCUGGGGCGGCUAGGCAUAGCAUGAGACUGUACAGAUGUGGCAGCCAAGUUUGUCCCGUUGUCUCCGGGUCUUGGGUUGGUAAGCACACGGUAAUUUAAAUGCGUUGGAAGAGUCGUUGCUAGAGAACUACGACAUUUAGUUAGAAAGAUCUUGGUCAUUUUUGGACUGAAACGCUAACUAUCCUGUUGACUAUGAAGAGCUAGCUAGCUAUUGUCGCUGGCUAGGUGCUAUCGAGUUUAACUUGGCCAUAUUAGCUAGUUGUAUCUGCCUUGACUAGAGACUUACAAGCUGUCAAAUAUUUGGUGUAACUGCCCAAUGCUAACUCGCGCAAAGGCGUCCUCAAGAGGCCAAACUUCGUAGCUAGCUGGCUACAUUUGUUGCAUCCACACCACUCAUUUAUUUUUUACCCUUGGACUGUCCAUUCGGAUUUUCAAAGGGGAUUGGGACAAUUAUUUGCUAUUAAGUGUAAGGUGUGGGCGCCGCAUUCAAGUCUGGCGUUUAAAUACUGCGGUGAUGACUUUAGAAUCCAUGAUGGGUUGUUGCCUGAGCGAGGAGGCGAAGGAGUCCAAACGAAUAAACGCCGAGAUCGAUAAGCAGCUUCGUCGAGACAAGCGAGACGCGAGGAGGGAACUUAAACUUCUUUUGUUGGGCACUGGCGAAAGUGGCAAGAGCACCUUCAUCAAACAGAUGCGCAUCAUCCACGGGACGGGCUACACCGACGAGGACAAAAGAGGCUUCACCAAACUGGUCUAUCAGAACAUCUUCACCUCCAUGCAGUCCAUGAUCCGGGCCUCUGAGACCCUCAAGAUACAGUACAAGUAUGAACAGAACAAGUCCAACGCACUGCUGGUGCGCGAGGUGGACGUGGAGAAGGUGUGUUCUUUUGAACAGCCCUACAUCAGUGCAAUAAAGAUGCUGUGGACAGACCCUGGCAUCCAGGAGGCCUAUGACCGUAGGCGUGAAUAUCAGCUUUCGGACUCCACCAAAUACUAUCUAAGCGAUCUGGAUCGUAUUGCCGAACCAAACUAUCUACCAACCCAACAAGAUGUGCUUAGGGUUCGCAUCCCCACCACAGGGAUCAUUGAAUACCCUUUCGACUUGCAAAGCAUCAUUUUCAGGAUGGUGGAUGUAGGGGGUCAGAGGUCAGAGAGGAGGAAGUGGAUCCACUGCUUUGAGAACGUCACGUCCAUCAUGUUCCUGGUGGCCCUCAGCGAGUAUGACCAGGUCUUGGUGGAGUCUGACAACGAGAAUCGGAUGGAGGAGAGUAAGGCUUUGUUCCGGACCAUCAUCACAUAUCCCUGGUUCCAGAACUCCUCAGUCAUCCUGUUCCUCAACAAGAAGGACCUCUUAGAGGAGAAGAUAAUCUACUCCCACCUGGUCGACUACUUCCCUGAGUUUGAUGGUCCGCAGAGAGACGCCCAGGCGGGCCGGGAGUUUAUCCUGAAGAUGUUUGUGGACUUGAACCCGGACAGCGACAAGAUAAUCUACUCCCACUUCACCUGCGCCACGGACACGGAGAACAUCCGCUUUGUGUUCGCCGCUGUCAAAGACACCAUCCUGCAGCUCAACCUCAAAGAGUACAACCUGGUGUGAGAGAGAGAGAAGUUGAGCGAGAGAGAGACCUGCAUCCCACGCACAGCAGAGUGCACAUCUAUACACCAACAAAUUUAACAGUACACAGGUCUGCACUAAAAUACACAUGUGAACACAUGCACCAAUAUAUAAAUACAAACACACACACACUCUUAAUAGAUCCCAGGCUCUAUCCACCCAUGGCCCCAACAUUCUCCUGCUCCUUGUCUAUGGUUUAAUUGGGUGUGUUUUUUCAGUUCCAGUCAUCCCCCCCCAUUCCUCUCUUCCUAUUGCAGCCCAUGCCCCUCCUGAUGGCACACACACACACACACAUCUGCUCCAAGGCUGCCAUGACCUGCCUGGGUGGUUGACAGGUCUCAUUUGUCACCCGAUGCGGCUCAGGCCUCUGGGUCACCCCUCUUAAAGGAGCGGGGGGGGGGGCUUGGGGGGGUGGAGUUCUGUUUUGAUUUGGUGGCUUGUGUGCUGGUGUGAUUUUAAAGGAAGGAAAGCUGAGGUUUUGGAGAACAGAAAAGCCGGUGUCGUCGUCCCCCCUUCACCUCUGCCUACAGGGUAGGAGUGGGGGCUGGGGACCCACCAGUCUGCAGGGGGUUGUGGGUAACUGCAUAGAAUUGAAUCAGAGCAGGGGCAGGUAGUGCUUAGGUGUGUUGGGAAGAUCUACUCUACAUGGUCUUUUGAGGUGUGUGGAAAAACACACACCUCCCCCAGACUGGAAGACACCUUGCACUGUUGAAUGUAAAACGUGUGUGUAAUACAAGCAAGUGGAUGCUCACACACUGACAGAGCAAGGGUGGGAGAGAUGAAGUAAAUUGAUCUGUGUAUAUUAAGAAUUGUUUUAGUUUAUUGAUUACUACAACUGCUACUACCGCUUUCCAGCUAACUUAAGUCACAAGCUGGUCCUCCACACACUGUCAGUGCAGCUUCUUUUUGGAAAGGCAUUGGAUAUUGUUUCCAAUUUGGCCAAUAUUUUGAGAAACAGUAGUGAUUAUUAAGAGUAAAUAGUAUAUAUAUUUUUUUGUUUAAUUUAUGGACCAGAUCUCUAGAUGUUGUUGGUCUGACUCUUCCUCCCUGCUUCCAUCCAGGUGUCUCCAUCAGAUGGGGAGGGGGAGGGUUCAUACUGCUGUAAAAACAUGUUUCAUCGGCAAGUCAUUUACCUUUCGUUAGAGACUUCAUACCUUGUUGCAGUUCUGUUCCAUUUCAAUUUUGAAAUGCUUGAGAAGAUGAAUUUCCAUUUAGGGUUGGCGCUUUAUGCAAAUAGUAAAAUAAAAAAGACACUUAUCAGUGGUUGAAGGUUUAACUGGUUCGUGUUUGCAUUUUUGAAAUGUAAGAUUUUUUUUGGUUUUCUUUUUUAUCCCAUAUCUCAUCUCUUGCUUGGUUAGAGUUCUUAAGAUUCCAUAGCUAACAAUGUCAAUAGAUUUGCUAUUUUGUUUUUGCAACAUAAUUCAGGUGUGUUUUCAUUACUAGGGCUAUUACUAGCAAAGUUGACAGAAUGAAAUGACUAUAUGGAUGAUAUAGUAGGUAGGUGCAAUUUAAAGUGGUUUUCUGAAUCAGGGAGCCAGUGUUGGGGUGUGUUGACGCCAGAUGGAAGGCUAUUGCCACAGGUUCAGAGUGCGAACUGUCCAGGGACACCAGUUAGCAUUGGAGGAUGACUUCUGCUGGAUAUUUGCCUGUAAACUUUUAACAGCCCAUUUGGGCCCAGAGCAGAGCCUAGUAAAACCACAAGGUGAUGGGGGUCUCACAGCUGCCUGUCUCAGCCAAUCUUCAGUGUGCUCUUCCUUUUCCACCUGCCACUCAUGUCACGAAUCAUGUCUUCUUCAGCGUGACUUUACUCCAUUGUUGUGGGUAGUUAGUUUUACAUCCCCUGCUAAUCAUGUUUCUAUGCUUCACCUUUUGUACACUAAGAAUGACCAUGACUGGGAUUGGACAGGGGUAUUUUGUAGAAAGACGUUUGAUUGCCACGGUGCUAUUUGCACUCCAAAGAGCUUUGGGUUAGAAUGGUCAGGUGAAACUUAACAGAAAAACUUUAGUUAUCAUCAUGACAGACUUGUUGUUCAUAUCUUGUAUGUUUGGUGCCAAGUAUUUCUCAUUCUACUUGGCAAGCAAUUACCCUGCCAAGUUAUCUGUGCUCUGUUUAAGCUCUAGCUGUGCAUUUACAAGUAUAUUGAACUGCAACCUAGGGAUGUUUUGGGUAUAUCCUGAGUAUACUCUUCAGUCCCCUUUACUAAUAUGUCCACUGUAUACUAGCGUGGCUGAAAGAUCCAACUUUUACCUUCCCUAUACAUUGCCUCAUAACAUAAACACCAGAGUUGGUGUAACUAAUGGACAUUUCUAUAAAAAUAUAUAUAUUUUGGAAAAGUUGUCACAUUUCCUUUUAAAACAGCUAAUUUAUAUAUUUACAACAUUUAUACACAUAAAAACGGCAUAAAAGCAUAAAAACAGCAUUUGAAUAUUACAUUUAAAUUUGUUAAAAAGUACAUGUUAAAAACAAUCGAAACAACCAUCAAUAAAAGUACUUUUCCUUGUAAAAACAUAAAUUUAUGUAAAAGCCAUUUAAAAUGUGUACAAAUGAUUUAACAAGGUAACCAUUUUUAAGACAUGAAAACAUGUUAAGUCACUUUGUUAAAGGGCAGUUUUCGGUCCUUUGGACAGGAACGGGGUGAGUCCUUAUCAAACUCGCCUCCUAUAAAUUUAGCUUUUACUGGAGGUGGGAAGUAUUACGUUACAAAAGUUUUAAACAUGUUGGACAUUUUGUAAUGCCUUGUCAUUUGGCCAAGCCACAGGUGGAUGCAUUUGAAGGCCUUUCUUUUAAUUAAUUUCCCCACAGCCAAUACUUUAUAUACCACAUUAUUUGUGAAAUGUACGUACAAAGCAGAAAUAUGAAUGCUUCCUGUGCAACUGCAGAUGAGGCUUUUGACUUAAUUAGAAAAUUUGACUUUUGUUCAUGAUUGCAUAUGCCAGAAUGGAUGAUCUUGGUUGACCUUGUUGAGCUUGUGGGCAAGUUGUCAGUUCUCUCUUAGGAGUACGAAGGUCUCUUGUCAGAGCAGGCUGGACUGAGAUGUUGCCUCUGAUACUUUAGAUCUCCACCAACACGGCAGCUUGUUUUUGAAUUGGUUUAGUGGUUACAGCUUCUCUGCUGCUCUGUUACCUCAAGAAGCACAGUCAUCCCCUUUUGACCUGUGGUUUACUUGCAUAGGUAGGGUUUAGUUCUUCUCAUGCUGGGCUCUCUUCAUGCGUGUAACCCCCCAGUAAGUGAUUGUGCUUUUCUUUUGUUUCAUUGUACUCUUUCCUGUAGGCACCUGCAUCAGCUUGUGGUCCAGUGGGUUUGAGGUGUAUGAUGUGCUGUGUGGUUUUUCAGCCCCCCCCCCCCCCCCCCCCACCCCCUCCUCCCCCAAAAAGGUCCAGUGCAGGCCUCCCUCCCUGCUGUUUCUAUGGGCAUACAGUCAGUGUGUCGGUUUACACAUUACCCUGGUUUUCAUCACAUGGACUAUGGACAGUGUGUUGUAUGUAGCUCAGUGUUAUGUCCACCCUGUAUAGCACACUAAUUGAACAUCACAAUAACUAGUAAGAGAACAUGUAAGAGAAGUACUGUCAGCAUUAAAACCAGCACUGUGGGGUUUGUUGAAGGGAUACACUACUAGAAGCAUGUUCGUGCCAUAGACUGAAUAGCGUUAUAUACAAACAAUUGCGACCACUCUUCCAGACAGUUUCCCUUGAAAUAAGCCUGUUAUACUUCAGCUUUAUUUAUUGUAAUACUUUGCCAAGUGAAGGUACCGGAAGGGCAAUAUACUAUAGCAGCUGGAUUAAUCAGUGAAUGAAUUAAUAUAGUGUUUUAGAAUGUCAGAUGUUCUCUCCCCUUACUUGAUCUAUUAUAUUUUAUUUCUUCCGGGUCAAUGCACUGAACCUGCUUUGCAGCAAUGGGACUGCCUGCAUUCAUGCAACUUACAAGCACGUUUGUCGGUACUAUGAGAUGUGUACACUUUUGAUGGUUAAUGCUUUUGCUUGAGAUCGAUACUGAUGUGAUUGAUGCAUAGAAAUACUAAAAGCUAUCUUUGCAUCUUUUUUGUUUCUUUUGUAAGUCAGACGUUACCUGAACACUUGUAUUUAGGACCACUUAAUAUGAUAGAUUUUUUAAAUAAGAGGUUAAAUAAACUUUGUCUAGUGGUGUGUAAAUUGAAAGUAAUGUAUUUUGUUUUCUUUUUUAAGUAUAACAAAUGUAAAUUAUGUACAAUAAUGAGUGUGCCAAUCCCCUUUCUUUGUAGAGCCAGACUCUAAACAAGUGCCAAUGUGAAAAAUCAUAAAAAGGACAUAUGUAUUUCAUGUUCAAAUUUUUAAAACAAAUAAACACUAAGUACAUGAUUAAGAUAAAUGAAAAUGGACAACUUUAUUCUGUAUUUAGGAUUAAUGAUGAACUGCUGUUUUUAAAUGUAAUUUUAAUUGCAUGUGUUUGUUGGGGGUGGAAGGGGAGGAAACGGUAUUAAUGCAAAGCCCUCCAGAAAAGGGUCCUAAUGGUUAUUGAUUUACAGUAUUUUAGCCAUAUUUCUCUUUUGUAUGUUUCAUUUCAACCACUGUUGCCUGAACCUCAUUCAAACAUGAAAAUGAUUUUCAUAGCCUUCUCCUUCAAAGAAAAAUUAUCUGUUUUUAAUUGGAAUAAAAUGUGUUCCUAUACUC